UCUGAAACCAACGUGCCAUGCAAAAAGAUACUAACCAAAUAUUUCCGGCCGAUUGAAAAGAAUGGUUCAGGCUCCAGCAGAGAUUCAGGUUUGGUUCUGUUUACCCUGCACAAAUUACUCAGCACCCAGGGAUUGUAUUGGCAACGAGGAAAAUAACACCGCCUUGGCCAGAUGGUAGGCACCCUGAGCCGACGGCGUCAGACACGAUAGCGGGAUCGGUGAGAUGGUUUGGGGCAAUCGUAUCGUUAAAAAAGCAGCACGCAGGGGCCAAAAAGUGGUAAAAAUAUUUAUUUGGUUUCAAUCCAGCCCAGGCACGGGUUGUGGGGCUCCCCAGAGGUGCUCUGGGUGAGGGGCCUUCUUUGGAAAGGAUCAUUUUGCUCUUAGUCACCGCGCAGGUAGUGUUACAGGAGGUGUGCGCUGGCAGCCAGCCCGAGUCCACCCCGCUCCUCGCUGAUUGCCAGAAAGCUAACGAGCAAAUACUUCCGCUUUCAUGCUGUUCCCUCCCCUCCGGCUGGACCUGCAACCUGUCCCAAGGCUGUGUUAGGGCCAAAGUGGAGCUUCCGGGGAAGCAGCUUGCGUAAAAAGAGUGACCCAGAGAAGUAAAACCGAGUGAAGGAGGGCUGGAGAGGCCAUCCUGUGUGCGGGGCAGGAGCUGGGCAGAAAGUACCGGGUUUUGUCGUGUGGACGAGCCACUGCCUGCCUUCUUCCCACCGUGGGUCUCGGGGAGAUGAGCAUUUCGUCGGAGCACAAGCCCCUCGGGAAGCAGGUCACUGGCAGCCUGCACACGACACCAGGGCUUGCCAGAUGUGUGGUCACGAAGAGGAUUCUACUUUGGUUACAGAAGGGCCACGUCCCUCGCAGGCAUACAAGGCAGCAGCAAACAACCUAGCUCUGGUGCUUGUUAAAUCCUCUGUGAGCCGCUUCAGCUCACUAAAAGGAAGGAGAAGCAGAGCUGGCAGCAGAGCUGGCACAAGCAUGUGACUAGAAGCACUGGAGCAGAUCCUUGCAUGAUCGGAUCCAAGAAAGAGCAGCUGUCACCAAUCGUGGAGCUGAACGUCGGUGGGGAGAUGUACACGACGACACUGAGCACCUUAAAGAAACACCCUGGCUCCAAGCUGGCAGAGAUGUUCACCGGCCAGCCCAAACUCAGGAGAGACUCAGAAGGCAGGUUCUUCAUCGACAGGCCGGGGACCUAUUUCAAAUACAUCUUGGAGUACCUGCGCAGCAACCAAGUGCCCACCCAGUGCAUCCAGGACGUCUACAAGGAGGCCUUGUUCUACGACAUCGAGCCUCUAAUCAAGCAGCUGGAGGACUCCCCGCAGAUCUUUGGGGAACUCGUGGCGAGGAAGCAGUUCCUGGCCCGCGUGCCCAACUACAGCGAGAACAUCGAACUGAUGAUCCGCAUCGCGAGGGCAGAGGCGGUCGCGUCCCGCUGCUCCGGCGUCAUCGUGUGCGUUGUCAGAACGGAGGAGGACGCAGCCAGGUGUCAGGAUGCCUUGAACAGUUUGGACAUGGACAAAAAAUCCGUGGUGAAAUUCGGCCCCUGGAAAGCAGCACCGAGCAUUUCUGAUUUGCUGGACUGCAUUCAAAUGGAUGUUGAAGCAAAAGGGUACAAAAUAUCCUUUCAGCCCCACGUUGCUGAAAAAGGUUUUCGCUUCAAAUCGCACGACUUCUUCUACAAGUUCCUGUUCACCUGGUGGUAGCAAAGUGCCACCACUGAUGGAGAGCAAAAGAAAGCUACUAUUUAAACAAGUUAACUUAGGCUGUGGAGACUGUGGGCCCACGAAAGACUCUCUGGUUGUUUGCCAAUUUAAAGAGCAUGUAAGAGCCACUGUUUUGUUGGGCUUUAGGGGAUAACUGUACAAUUUAAAAGGUGUGUGUGUCUUGAAAUGCAGUAUGAUAUUUUCCAAAAUGUUUAUUCCUUUUGUGUCCACUAGUACUGACUAUAUUGAGAAGUAAAGGCACUGCAGAGCCAGCCGAGGUACCAGGAAAAGGAGGAAAUUUAAUCUUUGUUGCCAACAAUUAGAUUAAUUGAGAGAGCCAGAUUUUAGAGUUGAGUCAAUCUCACUCAACCUAAGGGAAAUAAAUAAUCCCAAAUAUCUCUUGUGGACAUGCAUCAUUAGUCUCUUAGUACAAACAGGAACACAUUGCUGCCUUAGGGUCCAAACUUGUUACUAGGGUUAAGAGCAGCACAUGGACUUGUCCCCUGUACUCAGCUUUAUUUUGAUUCAUAAAUACAAAGAUCUAGAGUCUCUUCACAUAAACCUGCUGACCUCAGAGCCUUCUCCUUGCUUUGAACACCCAUAUGUUAGGAUCUGCUGUACCAGAAGCUGCACAGAGUGUAGCAGCCACAAUUUUAUUCCUAAUAAACACGGACAGUAUUGACUAUAAAGGACACGGACCAACCUCUAAAUACUAGCUCACAUUUGCAGUGUUGAAAAAAAAAUCAAUUUUGUAAAGCAAGAGAUCAAAUUUGGAAGCAGUUUUGAGAGAGAAGACAGGAGUACAUAAAAUCUUUUCUCUAAUUAAUAUUUCACUGUUUCUCAUGAAUAAUAAUCAUAAUUAUAAUCAGACAUAAUCUGAACUAUGAAAAAAAAACACAUACACGUGCAAUUCCAAGUGGAAUCACUGAAAGCUGUGUAAAUACUUACUCAACUUGAAUUUGGAUCUUUAAUGAGAAAGCUAAAGCUCUGUCUCUCACCGUUUUCCACGCCAGAACCUACGUUAAAAAGAAUUUCAGUGUCCCAUUCUCUCCUCUUGUUCCUUUCUAGCCUGCUCUCCAGACAAUGUAUUUAUUACUGCUAUUUAUUAUUUAUUUGGAAGGAAAGAUAGCUUUCCUUUCAGCUAUGGUCCAGGAUCAACAAAAAAUAAAAACACCAUCACUGAUCUGAGGACACGCACUCCUCUCUCCUGUCACACUACUUCAAUUUUUUUAUUGUGGCAUUCAUUAUUAUUACAGCACUAUAUCUAAUUUUAUAAGCUUCUGGAAGAAUAGGGAACCCCCCUGUGAUUUGACUGGAAGGAAGUGCCACUGAAGCUAAA